AUGACCAUGGGCGCCACCAAACCUCGCUCGAAAGCCAUUGGUGAUGAAUUACAAGCAGUCCUGCCGAACGAUGGACGACCGUGGUACACCAAAGCCCAUCUCAUCAAGUUGAAUUGGGUCAUCCUGUCCUUGAUGCUGUUCUCUUCGGCAAACGGCUAUGAUGGCAGCUUGAUGAACGGUCUGCAAGCACUCGAUCGAUGGAACGACUUCAUGGACACACCGACUGGAGCUUGGCUUGGCUUCAUGGGCGCGAUUUAUUGGGUCGGCAAUGGCAUAUGCUACGCCAUGUCGGCCUGGGUGGCUAACAAAUACGGACGCAAGCCUGGCAUCUACCUCGGAUACAUCUUCCUCGUUCUCGGCGUUGCUAUUACGGCUGGGGACCGGGACUACUAUUUCGUCCUUAUGCGCUUUUUCGUCGGAUGUGCGAGCGCCUGGUUCUCAGGGCCCGUCAUCGCCCUGAUCAACGAGAUCGCAUACCCUCCCCAUCGUGGCGUUUCGAACGCACUCUACAAUUGUGGCUGGUAUGUCGGUGGUACGAUCGGUGCUUUCGUCACCUUCGGCACACGCAACCAUGAAAGCGACUGGUCCUGGCGUAUUCCGACCUACUUGCAGAUCUUGCUUCAGAUCGUCGCACUGCCUGGGCUGAUAUUCGCACCUGAGAGUCCCCGAUGGCUUGUCAGCAAAGACCGCAACGAGGAAGCACGCCGAAUGCUGGAGAUUGCUCACGAUGGUGUCAAUAACCCUGCUCUCAUCAACUAUGAGAUGAUCGAAAUCACGGCGACACUUCAGGCAGAGAGACAGGCUGCGACUAGUGCAAGCUACGCGGAGAUGAUAACGACAAAAGGCAACCGUCAUCGACUAUUCAUCUCCAUCACGAUUGGCCUCUUCUCGCAGUGGGUCGGUCAAGGUGUCAUUUCGUACUACCUACCGCUCGUCCUGAACACUGUCGGCGUCACAAGUACAAGAGAUCAGACGCUCAUCUCAGCGUGCCUCCAAGUCUGGAACCUGAUCUGGUCCGUCGCAGCAGCUGUUCUGGUCGAUGUGCUCGGACGACGAUUCUUGUUCUUGUCCUCGGCUGCGAUCAUGCUGCUAGGCUAUGUCAUCACAACGGCACUGAGUGGCUCCUUUGAAGAAAGCGGAAACUCUGGCACUGGACUUGCUGUUAUCCCAUUCUUGUUCAUCUUCUUCGCUGGAUAUGAUAUCUCACUCACACCCCUGGUAACAGCCUACCCCUGCGAAAUCUGGCCCUACCGCCUCCGCUCCCGCGGCCUGACCGUCAUGGGAAUCUCUGUCGUGGUCGGCAUUGUCUUCAACACCUUCGUGAAUCCCAUUGCCCUCGACAACAUCGGCUGGAAGUACUACAUCGUCUUCAUGGUCAUCAUCGUGCUGUAUGGUAUUACGGCGUUCUUCACGUAUCCAGAGACGAGAGGACACUCGCUCGAGCAGAUUGCGCAUAUCUUUGAUGGCGAUGAUGCAGCUGCACCUCCGCCCGAAGUUAUUGCGGAAGAGACGGCGGAGAGGGGUAGGAGUGUUACGGGGAGUGAGAAGGUUGCGUUGCAGCAUGUUGAGAAAGCGUGA